UUUUUUUACUACACGAAAAAUAGCACGUGAGUCAGCUGGCAUAACCAACUCAAACCUGUCCUGUUCUAAUGUGAAUUCCUUGUUAUUCACGAGACUAGACUACGUGAUGACUAAGAUAGACAAAAUUUUGCAGCACCGACCAGAUAGUUUAUUUUCGUGGGUCGUUAGCGUAUGUUCUUGUGUUUGCCAAGCACUUAAUCUUGGUUUUGCGCUCAGCUUUGGAGUGCUUCUCCCAGAGUUAAUGAAGGAGUUUGGGGAAAGUCGACAGAAAACUGUGUGGGUCGGAUCUCUUGCUAUUGGUUUAACCUUUUUCCUUGGCUCUCUGGGAUCACUUUUGUGCCAAACCAUCGGAUGUCGCUUCACCUCUAUUCUUGGCUGUCUAGUUUGUGCCGUGAGCUUGUUAGUGACACCGCAUUCUACAAGUCUUGAAUGGAUGUUUUUAACUUACGGAUGUGUGUUUGGCAUAGGGUCAGCAUUGAUGCUUUCGUCCUACUUUCUCAUAACAGCAAAGAACUUUCGCAGAUGGCAAUCUCUCGCCGUGGGAAUCGUCACAGUCGGGGGCAGCAGUGGACUUCUCAUUAUGGGCCCUUUACUACAGCUCCUGAUUGACAUAUUUGGUUGGAGAGGAACUUACAGAAUCCUUAGUAUACCUUUUUUUGUAAUGGCGUGCGUAUGUGGGGUUACUUUCGGUGAUCCUCUUCCAGAUACUUCAGAGGACCUGUCACGUAAUUGCAAAACAAACCAGUGCAACUCAAAGCUCCUCUCUGAGAGCGAAGGACAUCCAGAAAUGGAGAUGAACGCGAUCGACAAAAAGCAAACCACAGUUAAUGAGGAGAGGAAGGUAAAGAUUUUUGAAAGCGAAUGCCAAACAGAGACCCAGCAAAGAAGCCAAAUAAGAUCUUCGCAUGCUGCGGCCAAAACGGAUGGCAGUAGGGAAGCAAACUGUUUGGGCAAAUUGAACACGCUUUUGGACUUCUCUGUAUUCAAGAUACCAUGUUAUACGGUGGCGGUUUUAAGUCUGUGUCUGAUGAAGUUUGGACAUUUCAUUCCACAAAUACAUAUGGUAAACUAUUGCCUCGAACUCGGUAUUUCUGCUGACUCAGCAUCUAGGUUUUUUAUACCUUUUGGUCUAUUAUCCUCCGUGGCUCGUGUUGUAACUGGGAGGAUUUGUGACGUCAUCUGGGUAAAUACUACUUAUAUUUACCAGUUUGGGGCUUUACUUGACGGGUUUGCAGUUGUCGUGCUUCCAGUGAUAAGAAACUACACAGGAAUUCAAGUUUUUGCUGUGAUUUAUGGUAUUGCUGAUGGUGUCUUGAUCUCGACGAUGAACUCACUUCUUAUGUUUAGUGUGGACGAAAAGCGCAGAGCGGCCGCGUUAGGUCUGGGAAAUAGUUUACUGUCACUGGCAAUAGCGUCUGGACCUCCUUUUGCAGUGUGGGUAGGUUCACUGGCGAUUGGUCUAACCUUCUUCCUUGGCCCUCUGGGAUCACUUUUGUGCCAAACCGUCGGAUGUCGCUUCACCUCUUUUCUUGGUUGUAUAGUUUGUGCCGUGAGCUUGCUAAUAACUCCGUAUUCUUCAGGUCUUGAGUGGAUGUUUUUAACUUACGGCUGUGUGUUUGGCACAGGGUCAGCAUUGAUGCUUUCGUCAUACUUUCUCAUAACAGCAAAGAACUUUCGUAGAUGGCAAUCUCUCGCCGUAGGGAUCGUUACAGUCGGGGGCAGCAGUGGACUUCUUAUUAUGGGCCCUUCACUACAGCUCCUGAUUGACAUAUUUGGUUGGAGAGUAACUUACAGGAUCAUUAGUGUACCGUUCUUCCUAAUGGCGAUUGUUUCUGGAGUAGCUUUUGUAGAACCUAUUCAGGAUGCUUUAGAGACUACUUCGCAUAAUCCUGUAGAGAAACAAAGUGACCCAGAGUUCCCUUCUUUGAGAGCAGAAUGUCCAGAAAUGGGCUUGAUCCGUGGGGAGCGAAUGGGAAUGACUGGGAAAAGAAAACUUAUAAAAAUUACUGACGAUAAUUGUCCAACAGAAACCCAAGAAACUAAUCAAGUGAGAUCUUUCGAGGUGGCAGCCAAUACUGAAGGCACUAUGGUAUCAAACUCGACUGGAAAAUUGAACAAACUGUUAGACUUCUCCGUAUUUAAAAUUCCAUCUUAUACCUUGGCGGUUAUAAGUCUUUGUUUAAUGAACUUUGGACAUUUCAUCCCACAAAUACAUAUGGUGAACUAUUGCCUCGAACUCGGUAUUUCUGCUGACUCAGCAUCCUGGUUUUUCAUACCUUUUGGUUUAUCAUCCUCCCUAGCUCGUUUUGUAACAGGGAGGAUCUGUGACGUCAUCUGGGUUAAUACCAUGUAUAUUUACCAGUUUGGGGCUUUACUCGACGGAUUUGCUAUCGUUGUGCUUCCAGUAGUGAGAAAUUACGUAGGAAUUCAAGUUUUUGCUGUGAUUUAUGGCAUUGGCGAUGGCAUCUUUAUAACGACAAUGAACUCACUUCUCAUGUUCAGCGUGGACGAAAAGCGCAGAGCGGCCGGGUUUGGUCUGGGAAAUACUCUAAUCUCAUUGGUAAUAGCGUCGGGAUCUCCCUUUGCAGGAUUCAUUAUUGAUACAACUGGUUGCUACACCUGGGCGUUUUUUACGGCUGGUAUUGUGACACAUGUGGCUGGUCUAGUGCCACUGACUCUGUUUUGCCUGAAGAAUAAGAAGGAUGAUGACUUGAAAAAAGAUAAAACACGGAAAUUGCUUCUGUGACUAACUUCAUUCCGCAAAAACAAUUCAUUUAUUAGGACAUUUUUAAGUCAAACCACAACAAUGACAGAAACAACAAAAAAAUUAAGCCACAAUUGAUGUAUUCGGGUAUCUCCUCUCUCGUUGAAACCAACGGUGGCGGCUUUUGGCACCUCGUAAGAUUAUUCUCGGGAUGAAAUGGAAGGGUAUUUACUGUCCUGUGAUAGGACAGAGAGAUCAGUCUGAAGAAUCCACGAUAAAGAAAGGAGUUAAAUUUAUGUUCUCUUUAUUCUUAGUUUAAGGAUUAGUAAAUUUGCUACUUUUGACAAAUAAAACAAAAUAUUUUUGAUACACUUGGUUGUUGUUGAUGAUUAAAGUUUGUGCUCUCAUGUAUUCAGUGGCUUUGGCUACAUUCUA